AUGGGCGAAUUACCUAUCUCGGCACACCUCCUUGGGAAGACCAUCUAUCUCGGCGCCUUUGUGCAUUGUAAAUCAUUGCAGGAGCUGGACAUCUGUGAAAAGGGUGCUAUCGGCGUGGACGAACGGGGGAAGAUUGCCUUCAUCGAGCGCGGCGCCGAGGAUCUGGAUCUCAUCUUCAAGCAACACCAUGGCUGGACAGCCGCAAAGGUCGUCAGGGUGAAGGAUAAAGGCUUCUUCUUCCCAGGCUUCAUAGAUACCCAUAUCCACGCCCCCCAGUAUGGAAAUGCUGGCAUCGUGAGCAAGUCUACUCUCCUGGACUGGCUGAACACCUACACUUUUCCCAUGGAAGCCUCCCUCGCCGACCUGGAGAAAGCACGGCGCAUCUACGCUCGCUGUGUUGCCCGUACUUUAUCGCAUGGCACAACCACGGCCGCCUACUACGCAACAAUAGACGUUGCCGCCACCAACCUGCUGGCCGACAUCUGCCUGGAAAAGGGGCAACGUGCCUUCAUCGGCCGCGUUUGCAUGGACUCUGACCUUAGCCCCAAAUGGUACCGUGACGAGAGUUCCGCCGACACAAUCAGAAAGAGCAAGGAAGUGGUCGAGUAUGUGAAGAGGGCCGACGGCGGGAAGGGUAUCGUCGCUCCCAUCAUCACGCCGCGCUUUGCGCCCAGCUGCCACCAUAGCACCAUGUGUGAGCUGGCGGAAAUCCAAAAAGAAAACGGCAUCCUGGCACAGACUCAUAUUUCGGAGAACAUCGGCGAGAUCCAACUGGUGAAAGACCUCUUCCCAGAUUUCAAGCAUUACGCCGACGUUUACGACAAAGCCGGCCUUCUGAACUCGAAGAUGAUUCUUGCUCACGCCGUUCACCUUACCGAGGCUGAGAAGGUUGUGAUCAAGCAACGGGACGCAAAGAUUUCCCACUGCCCUGUUUCCAACUCGGCCUUGACUUCCGGAGCUGCCCCUGUUCGCGACCUGCUAGACCGCGGCAUCACCAUGGGCCUGGGGACCGACGUCAGCGGCGGGUACAGCCCGAGCAUCCUUGAGGUUGUUCGCCAGACAAUUCUUGUCUCUCGACACCGUUCCUUUGAAGACGGCGAGGCCGCCAAGCUCGCAACAGAAGAGGCGCUCUACCUUGCUACCCGCGGUGGUGCCAAAGUCGUUGGCUUGGAGGAUCACGUUGGAGCUUUUGAAGUGGGGAUGGACUGGGACGCACAGCUUGUCAGCCUCGCCGCUGUUCCAGCCGACGGAGAGAAGGAGCUGGACACCCCAGUGGACAUAUACGGUUGGGAAAGCUGGGAGGACCGUAUCGGGAAAUGGACCUACAAUGGCGACGACCGGAACACUGCCGCUGUCUGGGUGAAGGGAAGACUCGUUCAUCAACGCAAGAGCUUUGAGUUAUAG